GGUUUUUGAUUCCAAAGUAGUUAUACUUAUGUUUCUUUUGCCUGUUCAACAAAUCAACCAAAAACUGGGUGUUGGACUUUUCUGACUUUGAAGUUUGAGUGAACUUUAAUUGUCAUGUCAUAAGUAGGUAGUAUAGUACCGUACCUACCGUAGUCAUUUAAUUGUUUAAGAAGCUUAUGAAGCUAGUUGGACGUCUUUGUUUUUGAUUUCGAUAUAAUGCUAUUUACCAGUGGCCCUAACGAUCUAUCUGAAACUAUGAUUUCUUCACCACUUUCACUUAAAUCGAGUGAAUCCUGGAGGAUUUCUUGAAGAAACCAUUAGACAUUAAUUUAUUUUAAGAUUAAAAUAAUUAAAAACGAAUAUUGUAUCUUUUCAAUAAUUAUGUAUUUUGUUGCCUUCUGAAUUAUGUCAUCAAUUUAUAUUUUUAUUUGAGGCAAUCUUAUCAUUUCUGCUCAAGAUAAUAAUACCAUUUAGUAUUGAAUUGUCUGGUAGUUUGCUUGUUAUACUUGUUAAAUUAAAUAUAUAUUGUCUUAUUCAUUUUCAUUAAAUUGCUAUUUGAAUUAAGUUAUAAAUAUGGCUUCUAGUGACCCUGAAAUUAAAGAUGGAUUUACACUUCCUGUAUGGAUGAAGACAAAACCAACAAAAGAAUUUGAACCGUUCGCCGGAUCGCCGCCCCCACCGGAAGAUUCAUUCUUCUACAUACGCUACCCUAAAUCGGAUAUAUUAUUUGGUAAACCCACGAAUAGUCAAGACGCGCUUGUGAACGAAACGAAGGAAGUGACCGCUGCCUCGGCAUUCAACGUCGUCAAGGAGAAAGACUGGUCGAAACACACCAAGCCGUGCCAAGAUGUGCUCCACGGCAUCGCGCCAAUCAACACCGCAGUGAACUCUGUUACGAAACCGAAGCCAGCCGGAACGGAUGACGGCUUCAAAGGCGAAGGAGCGGCGUGUGGUACUUCUGUAGUGAAGGUCGCACAUCAGAUGAUAUCUUCUCGGUCUCCGCGCGGGUUCACGGUGGCGUCGCCGUCUGAGGACGCCACCGCUCCGGACCCUCAGCACUAUAAUCUGAUGGCGCGUCGAGGCAGCAAGAGUCUCCCCGCCACGCCGGCACACUCGCCCCAUUCCAGUCCCACCACCAGAAGGAAGAAGAAUGGCAACCGUCGCGGCGGCGAACGUGAGUACCCGUGGCCUGCAAACGGUGCUGCGCGAAUGGUCGCCUCGCCCACCGCUUCGCUGUUCGCACCGCCGAUCCCCGUGGCCAGGCCUUACUUCACAUCACCGUUCGAGCCAACAGAAGACCCGUCUAACCGAUCGUGGUUGUCGAUAGCUCUGCUUGGCUUCAAGAAGGAGCUUGCCACUUCAACUUCCACGUUAGCUGAAGAAGACUUGUUGGAACUGAGAUCGCAAGCGGGCAGCUUGGCGGAGUCAGUGGAGAGCCUCGGUCCGGCUCCGAAGAACAAAGCACCCGAGAAUCCCCACCAGCAGCACGCGUCUCCAACGAAAACAAAACCGAAUCAUUCCUUCCUCCCGAAACCAUCUGAAUUGCGCGAAAUGAACUUCUGGUCGCCAACGUCAAUGUGAAAUCGUACCAAAGAGAUACGCGUUGUGUUUGUUCCAAAUAUUCACCCGUGUAACUCUUAGUUGUACUGAACGUACUUACAGUAUACGGAUUUCGGUCGCGAGGCAAUAGUGCAAAGGGUAAUGCAGUUGUUCUAAUUUGAUUGAGGCUUGGACCACAUGCCUCAUUAGACGAUGGCAUUCAAGUUCUAUUGUUUAGAAGUGCAGUUUGGCCGUAAACUCAUUUCCCUGUUAAUACAACAAAAAAAAAAAAUUUGAGCAUGUGUCGUCUGAUCUCAUAGUGAAAGAAGCAGUUAUGUUUCUAGCAGAUCUGUUCCGUCUGUUGGCGAUACGUUUUAUGAUUCCAUUUGAAACUCAAUACACCAAUAUCCGAAUAAUUAAAUUUUGUGUGUUUAUUUCAAACAUUUUAAGACACGUUAAAUUUUAAUGUGUAAUCUGAUUUUCAUGUAGCAAUAGUAAUUAAGAUGUAAUGAUCUAAGUUUCAUUAUUAUUAUUUAAAAAAAAACAAUAACAAUCAUUUGUCAUCUUCAUUUUUAGAUGUAACUAGAAGAUCUUAAUUCAUAAUAAUAAUUUACUUUUUAUUUAUAAUUUAACGAUAAAGUAUUUAAAAUGAUGUAAUAUGUUCUCUAUCUAGUUUGAAAUGUGUAUUUUUGCACGCAUGAAAUGGAAAUGACGAGAUGUCGUUGUGAUAUCUGUUUUCAUAUGACAAAUUCAUGUUAGAAUUUAUAUCCAAUAGUUGUGAAGUGUAUGUAUACAUAUGUAUGUAUAUUUUUAGUUUUGAGCAGAAGUAAUAUGAUUGUAUUAGUCUAUAAUGUAAUAUUAAGGUAUCUUAUUAACGUUAUCGUAAAUUACUUAAAUAAAAUAUCUUCAAUAUAAACUAAA